ACCAUUAUUAAUAGUUUAUUUUUUUUGGAAUCCGGGACGUCAAUUUGCAGGCUUGAAUUCUGGGAAAGAUUGAAGCGGCAUGGCGGACAAACGGAAAUAUAAGAAAACUAAAGAGGAAAUCCGGCGAGAAAUCGCACGGGAGUUCGAUUUGCCGGAGCGCAAGUCUAAGAUUGCCACCAUACUCAAGCAGGAAGAUCAGGCAUAUUGCAUAUGUCGAACCUCCGACUGCUCGAGGUUCAUGAUAGGCUGCGAUGGUUGUGAGGAGUGGUACCACGGCGAUUGCAUUGGGAUCACCGAAAAAGAGGCUAAGCACAUCAAACAGUACUACUGCCGGCGCUGCAAGAAGGAGAAUCCUGAUCUGCAAACCAUUUUCCGUCUUGUGGCCACCGAACGGACUGCGGCCUCGAAUGCCGCCUCAACGAGUCUAAAUGCCCCGGGCUUGGGUCCUCCAGGUGGAGGACAAGGGGGUGCAGCGAUAGCACCCGGAGCAAAUAAUCUGCAGGUGCCGACGACGACAGGGGCUCUGAAGCGCAAGAGCAGUAAUGCUCGAGAACCGAAGGCGGGCAAGCGAUGCGGCACCUGCGAGGGAUGCCGGCGUCCCAAUUGCAAUCAGUGCGAUGCUUGCCGCGUCCGUGUUGGUCACAAACCGCGCUGCAUAUUCCGAAAUUGCGUGGCCCAGGCGGGAGCAGGCACUAAAGAGGUGUCACAGAGUCAAACGGGUCCAGGCAGGAAGCGGGAGAAAGCAGCUCCAAAAGAUCGCAAGGUGAUGACAGGCCUGCGGGCGGCCAGCCCAGAGGUUUAUCUCAACCCGGAGCUGGAAGGCACGCGACAGUGCCAUGGACCCGGUUGCUGCUGCCAGGCGAGACCGCAGAGCAAGUACUGUAGCGACAAAUGCGGCUUCAAAUUGGCCACUAACCGCAUCUUCCAGGUCCUACCGCAGCGUCUGCAGGAGUGGAAUCUCACGCCAUGCCGCGCCGCCGAAGAGACACGCAAGCACCUGGAAAGCAUUCGAAAUAAGCAGUCCACGGUGCGUUUCGCCCUCGCCGAGUUGGACCAGCGCUUUGAGGAGCUAGGUUUGAUAGUGGACCGGGCCAAUCGAAGCUCUAUCGAUACGAAUGGAUCACAAGACACUGCAGAUGCGGAGGACGAGCAGAGUAUGUACUGCAUUACCUGCGGUCACGAGAUUCACUCGCGAACGGCCAUCAAGCACAUGGAAAAGUGCUUUAACAAAUACGAAUCGCAGGCCAGCUUCGGGAGUAUAUUCCAAACGCGAAUGGAAGGUAACAAUAUGUUUUGUGAUUUCUACAACCCAGCCAGUAAGACGUACUGUAAAAGAUUAAGGGUACUGUGUCCGGAGCACAGCAAGGAUCCUAAGGUGAGCGACACGGAUGUGUGUGGUUCACCCUUGAUAAACGGGGGUUUUAAUCCCUCUGGCGAAUUUUGCCGGGCCCCAAAGAAGAGCUGUUUCAAGCAUUACGCCUGGGAGAAAAUUCGGCGUGCGGAAAUCGAUUUAGAACGUGUUAGGCAAUGGCUCAAGCUGGACGACCUAAUGGAGCAAGAGCGCAUGCUGCGACAGCAGUUGUCUUCUCGGGCGAAUCUUCUAGGACUGAUGUUGCACUCCACCUAUAAUCACGAGGUGAUGGACGAGCUGGUACGAAAACAGCAGGAGCAUUUGGCGGAGUUUGAGAAGCAAAAGCGACGGCAGGCGCAACAGAAGCAGCUGCAAGCGCAGCAUCAAUUGUACCAGGAGAAGCAAAAACAGAACUUGUUACUGCAGCAGCAGCAACAACAGCAGCAGCAACAACAGCAGCAGCAGCCGCAACAACAGCAGCAGCCGCAACAACAGCAGCAGCCGCAACAACAGCAGCAGCAGCAACAACAGCAGCAGCAACAACAGCAGCAGCAGCAACAACCGCAGCUGCUGCAACAACAACAGCAGCAGCAACCAAUCCAAGUUCAAAAGCAACCACAAAUAAUCUACCUGCAGCGAAAGCCAUAGAGUUUCAUUCCUCCAAACAUAAUAAAAAUAAACAAUAAACUGACAUGCAA